AUGUCCGACUUUACUUCAGCGCUGUCAUUCCUGACACACAACUCGGUCGCCGCCGUGAUCAAAGAUGCAUACGGAUCGUUCUCCGAGCGAAGAGCGGCGCUGGGCUUGCCCAACCCCGGCACAGUCGAUAACAUCGCAAGAGAAGUGCAGAAGGAGGUGUUGCUAUCCAACUUUAUGUUCACGGGUCUUCGCGCAGACUUGACCAAGGUCUUUGGCAUGACUCCUCUGUUCCGGAUGUCGCACGCUUUUGCUAUGGGGUCAGCAGGCAACAUGCCUCCUUAUAACUUUAGCGCCAUGUAUGGAACGCCAAAGGUAUUUAUGCAAGGAAACUUGGGUAGCGACGGCGGUCUCAGCGCUGUUGGAAACUACCGUUGGAACGAGAAAUUCGUGACGAAAUCGAACGCUCAGAUCAUGUCUGGUGGCGCCCAGGGCAUUCUACAAAUCGAUAAUGACUAUACCGGAGAUGAUUUCUCCUUCUCUCUCAAGGCUUUCAACCCGUCCAUCUUUGAGGGUGGUUUAACCGGUAUCUACGUUGGAAGCUAUCUUCAAUCGGUCACCCCAGGUCUUGCUCUCGGAUUCGAAGCCAUUUGGCAACGACAGGCUAUCACUUCUCGCCCCGAAUCGUCCCUUUCAUACUGCGCGAAAUACCGUGGUGAGGACUGGAUUGCCAGUGCGCAGCUCCAGGCUCAGGGAGCUAUUGCAGCCUCUUACUGGAAAAAACUCUCCGACAAGGUCGAAGCUGGUGUUGACAUGAACCUUCAAUUGGCUCCCAGCGCUGCCGCCAUGAUGAUGGGAGGACCCAGCCGUGAGGGCACAGCAACCGUUGGUGCCAAGUAUGAUUUCCGUGCUUCCACAUUCCGUGCUCAGGUCGACAGUGCCGGUAAGGUCAGCUGUUUGUUGGAGAAGCGGAUAGCUAUGCCUAUCUCUUUGACCUUUGCGGGAGAGAUUGACCACGUUAAGCAACAAGCUAAAGUCGGUCUUGCCGUCUCUCUCGAGAUUGCUGGUGAGGAAUUGAUGGAGCAGCAAGAAAAGGCCGAAACCCUCGGUGCUAUCCCUCCUCCAUUCUAA